CGCAAUGUCGUACCAACAGUUGUAUUUGAUUAAUAAUUCAACACUUUGCUCUUAUCUUUAUGGAUAACAAAGAGGAACUACACUACAAUUACUACUUUACUCUCGCUUACACAGCGUAGAAAUUUUUUUAUCCUUCAUAUAUUACCGAAUGAGUAAUCAUACAAAUUAUAAGCCAGAUUCAGGGACUUGUAUGACACUGACAAGUGAUUGAAAACAUAACCCUAAAAUGGAUGACUGCGAGGAAAUUGAGCAUCCAUUAGAGCUUUCCGAAAGAAAUUGGAGUCGAGUUAUAAGUAAAGCGGUUAAGGCCGGGUAUAGGGAAGGAGUUGAAGAAGGAAAGCAGUCAGUUUUCCAAGAAGGUUUUGACAUCGGUUACAAAGAUGCUUUCGAAACUGCCUUCGUAUUAGGAAAAUUUAAGGGCCUGGCAACAACUAUGAGUGGCAACUUUCAAACUCCGCCAGCUACAGAUGAUGUACUUGAAAAAACAAGGCGAGGGGCUUGCUGCAUCUGCAAGGAAAGUACGAAGAGCAAAGCGGAGACAGUUGAUUUAGUUGAAACGCCGCUGCAGGAUAUAAGAGAUGAGCAGAAGAGAUAUUCUACAAGGAUACUAGAGAUGCUACGGCACCAAUUUGACGAAUCUACAAGCAAACACGGAACGUGCAUCAAUAACGCAGUUUUGUAGCAUUUUAUUGAGUAGCUGUAAAGUUAAGCCAAUUACUUGAUAGUU